UUUGCCAUGCAUCACAAGCUACAUUUUAAUGCAACCUUUUAUUUGAAAUGUUCUAAAUUUUGUUUCGUUUGUACCUUUUGUAGCUGGUUUGGGCCAAUGUUGCGUUUUCUUCUUUCAAUAAAGUUGUUGAGAAAAAAGGUUGCAAAAUCUUCACGACACCGUUUUCAUUUACGGUACACCUUACUACUCAUGCGCAUGCGCACUUGGCUGACCUUACGUGGCGCAGUAGCAUGGCGUUUCGGGCACUUACUAAAGGUCUUUUUGGGUUGCGACAUUCACGAGGCGUCAGAGUAAAAUACUCUUGUGAUGGACACUUUGCCACUGCAGCGUCCAUUCAGUCCCCUCAACCCCAAACCGAUGAUGUAAAGGAGAAAAUCUUGCAGCUGCCACUAAAGAGCCCAGACUAUUUCCGGGUGUCUGAACUGUUUUCCUUAAAGGACUUGUUCAAUGCUAGAGUUCAUCUUGGUCACAAACAAGGUUGCAGACACAGGUUGGUGAGAUUCUCACAGCUCAAAGAAAAUGUUAGAUUACCAAUUCCCCCCGGCCCCGAUCUGACACUGAUGUAAAGUUUUAUCAUUUGUUCAAAAAAGCAACAACUGAUUUCAAUAAGCUGCAAGCAUUUGGUUUCUUCGGUAGUUCAGGCACAUUAAUGUGAUAUUAGUUGCAGCUCCUUAGAAUUAAAUGUGUAUAUAAGUUAAUGGAAGUCACACUGACGGGUUAUUACUACAAUAUGACUGUUGAUUAGCUUGUGAAAAUGUAAACUCAAAUCCAAAAUUGUCAUUUGCAGUCAUCAGUAGUCAAUUGUCCAUAAAAUAAUUUUCCUUUGGAGUUGAUAUGGUCUGCACAACUUAAGAAC